AAAAAGUUUUGUGGCAUACGCAGCCAGAUUAAGAAAAGAAGAGAGAUGAUUUCUGUACGGAGGUAUGAACGGUCCGAACCCCUCUUUUUCUCCCGUGACUAAAAAGCUAUUAGAGUACUUCGAUAUAUGCUCAUUUUAGUCAAGGAUGGCAUUGCUUUCCUUGGCCCGGAAGACUUUUUUUGAUUAAACAGGGUCUGGGGCUGAUCUCAUCUUGAUGCACAGCCAUUAAUUCAUCUUUGGGCAACGAUUCUUCUCCACAUGCUCCACCCCACCAUCAAGGAUUAUACGAGCACUCCGAGAGCAAGCUUUGAUCAUGGGAGUACCGUACGUGCAAGUCGAUGCUCCACCUAUCUCUUUUAUGGGGUCAUGACACCAAACGGGUGCGCAAAUCUCCAUCGGCCAAUCCUCCGAGGGUUCCUUUCAAUGCUGGAGGCGUAGAGCGGAAUAAAAUUCAUCAUGCUCUUUGGGGUGUUCGGAAAAAGGACAAAUUCAAAUCUAUCAAUCCGCUCUACUUCAAUCUAUGUGCUCCUUGUGUUCCUCUUCCUAUUUCUUCUAGCUGUGCAUUUUGUGCGUAUCCAUUGCGCAAGAGAUCCCACUUCAUGGUUUUUUGACCCUGCUGAGGGCUAUCGUCCUGCUUAUUCGUCAUUUCGGACCGACCAAGCAAACCAGUUUAUCGAUAAGCUGCCUCUAGAUUCAGCAGCCCGGCAAACAUCGAAAGGAGCCAAUGGAACCAGCCAAGGUCCGAAUCUCUGCGUGGGGAUCAGCUCCGUGCCGCGAAAGGGUGCUCGAUACCUCCGUCCGCUGAUUGGGUCCUUAUUGGGUGACCUGACUGAAGAAGAAAGAGAGCAAAUUCAUCUCAUCGUCUUAAUUGCACAGACAGAUCCGCAUGCUCACCCGGCAUACUCGGAAGGUUGGCUCAGCACACUCGCUGAUCAAAUUCUUUUAUAUGAUUUCGACGAUGAGCAGAUUGCACACUUGAAGAAGCUGGAGGCUGAGAAGGGUCUCAUGAGAGAAAAAGGACUUUUCGAUUAUAGAUAUCUUCUGAAGGCAUGUUAUGAUGUUGGCGCACCAUACGUUGCCAUGCUAGAGGAUGAUACUCUUGCGCUGGAUGGCUGGUUCCAUCGUGUGCAAAAAGCGUUGAAGACUGCAGAAGAAAAGACUCACGCAAAGGGCUCAAACAAAUGGCUAUAUUUGCGAUUAUUCUAUACUGAGGAGUUUCUUGGAUGGAACAGUGAAGAGUGGCCAGUAUACCUUCUCUCAUCUGUCGUCCUGGUCACAUCAAUGGUCGUUAUCCUGCUAAGCAUGCGUCAACACUUUUCGUACACUCGACGGCUACUUUGCAACAAAACAAUCUUGGUGAUAUGUGGGGUUUGCAUGCCAUUAUGCAUUUUGCUCUUCUUCGCAGCAGGAAGAGUAACGGUGUUGCCUUUGCCGACUGGCGUAAAUGAAAUGCCUGCCUUCGGGUGCUGUUCACAGGCAUUAGUUUACCCACAGGCCAGGGUUCCUGAGCUACUGGCUUGGUACGAAUCAAAACAGCUUGGUUUUAUAGACAUGCUCACGGAAGAAUUCGCCAAUCGGCACGAAGAAACCAGAUGGGCAUUGACCCCCAGUGUUUUUCAACAUGUGGGGAUUAAGAGCUCCAAGGGAAGCGCCAACGAGCAAAAGUCAAAGCAUAACACUAUAGUGACGCAAAAUUUGUGGAAUUUCGCUUUCGAAAGAAAUGAUCCGCGGUCUCUUCACGUGGAGCAUCGGUAUAUCACACAUGAUCAACAGCCAUUGCUUGAUGCUGUAGACGGAUCCUGAUCAUGAAAAAAUAAAUAGAGUUCUCAGAUAAAAUAAAAUUUAGAUUCCGUUCCAAAUAGUUCCAGAGUUCAUUUGAUCGACGUAAAACGAGAAUACUGUACAGACUUGAAUAUCAAUGGACAGAGACGAUCUGAGAAAUUCGUAGUAUAAUGCCACCUAUGUUGGAGUAGAGAGCGCUUCUUGAAACGGCGAAAAAUGGGGGUAUGAUCUUCGUGAAUACUGAACAUGCCGCUGAUACUGCAAAAGAUGCUACUGUGCGAGAAUCGGACUUUCUUCAGCAGAAUUCCAAGCCUCGAAUGAGGA